AUGGCCGACUCAGAGCCAGCUCAGACUAAGGUUCCUGUCAAUGUUCCGGAACCUCAGGAUGAUGCCCCUCCAUCUCUAGCAGAGCCUGCUUCUGGACCUGCUGCUGAGAUGUCUGGGGCUCUGCCGGUUGACACUUCUUCCGAGGCCAAGCCAACUGAGACCACUGGCCAUGUGACUGCGAACGGCGCUGUCGAUUCCGCUCCAGAGAACACCAAGGACACACAAGAGAUACCUACAGAGGUAGAAGCUGAACCUCCAGUCGCGACUGAGCCAGAAGCAAAAGACGCCGAAGUAGCCGAAGCAGCUGAAAAAGCUGAAGAAGCUAAAGAAGCCGAGCCAGAGGCCAAUGGCACACCAGCUGGAAAGAAACCUGUCGCUCUCAAGCGAAAAUCCUCUGCAGGUAUCCCUGAGCACAAGGGCAAGAAGCUCAACAAGAAGAAGUCCAUGACGAAAAUCACUCAUCUCGACGCGCAACCCGGUGAAUAUUAUCUAGCCAGAUUGAAAAGUUAUCCUCCUUGGCCCUCCAUCGUUUGCGAUGAGGAGAUGCUGCCAGAAAGCCUCCUCAGCACCAGACCGGUCACAACCAAAAAAGACGAUGGUACCUACAAUGAAGCCUAUGCAGACGGUGGCAAAAAAGUUGCUGAUCGGACAUUUCCUAUCAUGUUUUUACAUACGAACGAAUUCGCUUGGAUUCCCAACACAGAUCUCACGCCCUUGAACCCCGAGGAUUGCAAAGAUGUGCCGGAGAAAGGUAAAGCCAAGGCUUUGUCAGCUGCCUACAAAGUUGCUGCCGAGAACAAUGAUUUGGAACACUUCAAAACUCUUCUCGACGAGCAUGCUGCUGCUCUCCAAGCAGAUAUUGAAGCCAAGGAAGCGCGAGAUGCUGAAAAGGCUGCCAAAUCUGACAAGAAAAAGCGCAAGAGUGAGGCCAAGAUUGAAACCGAGGAUGUGGACAUGGAAGACGCCGAUGCCGAACCUGUCGCCAAAAAAGGCUCCAAGAAGCGCAAGAAGGAAGUGGAUAGUGAUGAUGAAGAGUCUGAAAAGCCUGCAAAGACGCCCAAAACCACCAAGAUCAAGUUGAACACAAACAAAACUCCAAAGACCGAAGAGAAGAAACCCAAAGAAAAGGCACCCAAGGCCAAACCAGAAAAGCGCAAAUCCAAGGCCGCCCCUGUGAGCGACGAAGAAAUGGUUGAUGCUGAACCAGAGCCAGAGGAGAAGCCUUUGGAUCCCGCCGAAGCACGCAAAGCUCGUGAGAAAGAAGUCCUUUUCCUUCGACACAAGCUUCAAAAGGGAUUCCUAUCUCGAGACCAGGCUCCUCAAGAAGACGAAAUGCCUCAGAUGUCUACUUAUAUCAAGAAACUUGAAGGCUAUGCUGAUCUAGAAGUCGCCAUCAUUCGCACAACCAAGAUCAACAAGGUUCUGAAGGCAUUGAUCAAGCUAAACACCAUCCCUCGCGAUGAAGAGUAUCAAUUCCGAAAGCGAUCUCUUGAUUUGUUGAGCCAGUGGAACAAGAUCAUGGGUGCCGAACCAGCUGAUAACGAAGCUGGCACUGCUGGAGACAAGGAAUCCAAAUACACCCCUACCACCAAUGGAGUCCACGAUGAAAAGUCCGAAGAACCAGCCGACGAGAAGAAAGACGACCCGACUGAGCAGCCUGCAAAGCCCAUUGACAAGCCGGUUGCUGAAACCGAGUCAGAAAUCUCGGCUGAUCCGGUUGAGGUCAAGCCUGUAGCAGGAGAAUCUGAGCCAGCCACCACCACAGAAGAGCCAAAGGCUGUUCUACCAACCCCAGAGGUUAUUGAGAAAGCCCCAGAAUCAGCUGCUGCCGCAAGUGAAGCUGCUGAUGUCGUCAAAGCGACAGAGUGA